GGGAGACAGCGGGAGAGAGAGACAGAUAUUACAAAUAUCAGAGCAGGUAGUGUUUAGGGCAAGACUCCUUCCACCUUCAACAACUGGUAACAAGUGAUAGGACAAGAGGAAAUGGCCUCAAGUUGUUCCAGGGAAAGAACCUCUUCACAGAAAAAGUGGUCAAGAUCUGAAACAGGUUGCCCACAGAAGUGAUGGAGUCACCAUCCUUGGAGGAAUUUGGGCCACAGAGAAGAAAAUUGAAUAUGAUGAAGAACGAAGAAACAAGUUUUAAUGUGGACAAUACCCGAGCCUCUCCCUUCUCCCUCUGCCUGCAGCCGCUCAGCCCCGUUACAAAGCCACACAGAGCAACACAAUUUGAUGAAGAAUUCAGAACACACCUCUCACAUUUCCGCUAUGGUCCUCCUCCUCUUGAAAACAUGGAAACAUUCCAGGGGUCCUUGGAAGGAGGGUCUCGCAAACGUAAGAGCAUGCCAACAAAAAUGCCUCCUCCCAUCACCCUUGAGGAUUCCUCAUCAUCACCAGAUCGACCUGAGGAUCACGACAUGGGCUCUUCCAGUCUCCCCUUGGUGUUCCAACAGCCAACUCAGCCCAAGUACAGUUCCCAGAUGAUUGACCUCUGCAACUUUGGUUUUCAGUUCUACAGAACUCUGGAGCAUUUUGGAGCCAAGCCCAUUAAGCAAGAACCAGUGAAGCCUAGCAUGGCAUGGCCCAGUAACCCAGCAUUCAUGCAGGCUCCUUACCCUUAUUAUCCUAAAGUCCAUCCUGGCUUAAUGUUUCCUUUCAUUGUACCACCAAACUUUCAUUUCAGGAACCCUUUGCAAAUGAAAAGACCUACAGAACCACCCUUCAGGAGGGCUGAAGUAAGAGAAAGUGGUGAAAACAAACAGAAAGUGGAAAGAGUAGAUGUCAACCUUCAGAUAGAUGACAGCUACUAUGUUGAUGUGGGGGGUGAGCAGAAACGCUGGCAAUGUCCCAUGUGUGAGAAGUCCUAUACAUCCAAGUACAAUUUGGUCACCCAUAUCUUGGGUCACAGUGGCAUUAAACCACAUGCUUGCACCCGGUGUGGCAAGCUUUUCAAGCAGCUGAGCCACUUGCACACGCAUAUGUUGACACACCAGGGCACUCGGCCACAUAAGUGCCAGGUGUGCCACAAGGCUUUCACUCAAACCAGUCACCUUAAGAGACACAUGAUGCAACACAGUGAUAUCAAACCUUACAACUGCAGGAUCUGUGGCAGGGGUUUUGCCUACCCCAGUGAGCUGAAAGCACAUGAGUCUAAGCAUGAGAGUGGACGAGAGAACAUUUGUGUGGAGUGUGGUCUGGACUUUCCAACUCUGGCCCAGCUGAAGAGACACCUAACCACCCACCGUGGCCCUAUACAGUACAAUUGCACCGAGUGUGAUAAGACCUUCCAGUACCCAAGUCAGCUGCAAAACCACAUGAUGAAGCACAAAGACAUCCGCCCAUACAUCUGCACUGAAUGCGGCAUGGAGUUUGUGCAGCCCCACCACCUGAAGCAACACUCCCUGACUCACAAGGGUGUGAAAGAGCACAAAUGUGGAAUUUGUGGCCGGGAAUUUACUCUGCUGGCCAACAUGAAGCGACAUGUCCUGAUCCACACCAAUAUCAGAGCCUAUCAAUGCCAUUUGUGCUUCAAGAGCUUUGUGCAAAAGCAGACUCUCAAGGCCCACAUGAUUGUUCACUCUGAUGUCAAACCCUUUAAAUGCAAGCUGUGUGGAAAGGAGUUUAACAGAAUGCACAAUUUAAUGGGACACAUGCACUUGCACUCAGAUAGUAAGCCAUUUAAGUGCCUCUACUGUCCCAGCAAAUUCACCUUGAAGGGGAACCUAACCAGACACAUGAAAGUCAAACAUGGAGUCAUGGAAAGAGGAUUUCACUCUCAAGGUUUUGGAAGAGGAAGGAUUGCUCUGUCCCAGACAAAUGUCUUGAGAAGCUUGGAACAGGAAGAGCCAUUUGAUCUGUCCCAGAAAAGCCAAGGGAAGGGUAUCUCAUUUCAUUCUGAUGGUGAGAGUGCCAAGGGAAGCUCAUGCCAGGAAGAAGAGGAAGACAACUGCUAUGAGGUGGACCGAUACAGCCCUGCCACGUACCAUCAUGAUGACAACAAGCUGUACAUGGCUCAAGAUCUCUCUGGCAAACCUGAGUGCAUGAUGAAGGACUUCAGAGAGUCCUACUGCAAUGAGAAGGAAGAGGUGUUAAGUGAGGGAGGACUGGGGAAGAGAAUAGGAAAUUCAGACAAAGAGGAGAGACGUGGAGAGGGAGAGCUUGCUAACAGCAAAGAACAUCUCAGCUUUAGAUCCUUUGAAAAGGCCAGACUUGGUCACUCUCUCUCUGAUUACUUGUAUUUCAAGCACAAGAACAAGAGUUUGAAAGAAUUGCUGGAAAGAAAAAUGGAAAAACAAACAAUGCUUCUAGGCAUUUAAAAUGGACAUUUCUAAAACAGCUGGAAAAUGGUAACCAGGAAUAUUUUAACAUGAAUUGUAAGCUAUUAAAGCCUGGAAGUCUGUAGUAGUAUUUAGAAAUAAAUAAGCCAAAUUAUUAAAAAUAAUUUAGGGUAAACCACAUACAUUAAAAGAAUAAAACAGCUUGAGGUCUCCAAGAAAUGCAAUAGAUAUUGAAAAAUAACACUUUAAUAUUUAUCCGUUUAAUGUAUAACAGACAAUGGGUUGGGUACAGAAGUUUACUUCCUAUUAUAUGGGGAUAGAUACUUACAUGCAAUUUUCUACUUAGCAGAAAGCAAUAUAUUUUAGCAUCUGAUUUCUUAUCUGACUAAAUAUAUAUGAAAACUUCUAACCAUAUGCCUCAAAAAUAUCUGAAAAUACAAAGUAUUUCACAUUAUAAGCCAGAGUACUAUUAAACAUGGCAUGCAUGAAAGUGCUGUCGACGUUCAGAACUAACACAGUCCAAAUAUUUGAUUUACUGAAGUGACUCUUAGUGCAACUACUUACAAUGAGAAAUGUAAAACAAAAUAAUAAGAAGAACUAAUGUCUAGGGAGGCAGUAAAGGACAGUUCUCUAAGGCUUUAAAAGGAAUUUAUUACAAAAGUUCUCUGGCACAAGGAAUAUUCAUGCUUUGCUGUGUUUCAGCCAGUAUGGGAGAGUUCAGAAAUUCUGAAGUGAAAUAGCAUAGAUUGUGUUGACAUUUUGUUCUACUGCCUGCUUGGACCAACACAUGUACUGGGCGGCAUCAGCAUGCCGUAUUCACAAUCUUGCCAUAGUUACACAUAGCACAGUAUGAGUAAUUCAAAAUGAAAAAGUUAUGCAGCUUCACCAUUUAUCUCUUCAGUUUAUCAUUGCUAGUAAGGAUAAUUUUGGAAUACACAGAUCUGGUCAUUUUUUGUUUCAGGGGGUAAAAACCACCCUUACAGAACAAGCAGUACCUCACAGAGGAAAACUUUCCUCUUAUUAAGGUCAGAAAACUUCUCUUAUUAAACACUUCUUGAGCUGUAAGUGGCAGGCCUUUCAGACAAAUUUCACUCAUGCUGUUUUUAUGGAGUCAAACUCAGCUUUUCAUCCUCUGAUUCCCCUACAGUUAUAAGCUUAUAACCAACAUGGGAAAAGCCUAUUCAUUAAACUUUUCAUUAAUGACAUGAAUACUUUGAACAGUAUAUUAGUUCCUACAUCUUCAAGAAAGAUGAGAAGCAGCCCUGAAUUGUCCUAUUGCUUACGUGGAAAUAAAAAUUCAAUUAAUCAUAAAAUUUGUCCUAUGUCCUUUGGACAUCCCAGCUCAAAAGGUUAAAAUCCAUAUAUAUGGUACAUCUCUUCCAAAUAUUACUGCCUUCUUCACUUACCUGCUGAGUUCUUGAUUUGAAAUGCAUUGCAAUCAUGCUCUCUAUAUAGCAAGUUAUAAUUAAAUAUAGUAAUCUACUUUUAUGGCUUGCUAAGACCAGUCAUGUAGCUGCAGCUCUCUGCCCCUAUAAGAAAACACACACCUCUCAAAUUAAUGAUCCUCAUGCCUACCAGUUAAGCAGCAUUCACAGGGCAAGGUCCUUAUUUUUCAUAUAACUGGGUUUGUGUAGUCCAAGGCUACAGGCAGUGUUUUCCUUUUUCAAGGCUCAAACAUGGCAUAACAUAUGCAGAAAUUCAUGCAGAAAAAGCUAUUGAUAAAAGAAAGAGUAACAUCCAGGUGACUUUCCUAAAUUAAAUCUAUGUCUGAUGUGCAUAUUUUUAAAAAUAAAAAUGUUAUGCCAAAUUGAACUGGAAGGUAGGUCACUUCAGAAUUUAAAAAGUCUUUGAGGUGUAUUUUAGAGGUCUAUGGUCAUGUUUCUUCAGGGAUUAACUGUUCUAUCAUAAACAUUCCUCUUCCUUGCUUUAGCUGUAAGAUGAUGCCUAUUGAAAAAGGAGCUAUCUUUCUUUCAAGGAAGACAUUGUGGACAAGCAAAAAAGUUAGGAAAUUUUUAGGAUAAUGAGUGAAACUCAGGAAAGUACACAGCCCUUCCAUUGCAAACUCUUGUCUAUUAAUUGGAGAGUGCUAUGGGACAGCUAGACAAUUCUUAUCAAGAAAGAAACAAAGUAUUACAUACCAAUUGCAGUCCAGACAAAUGGAGCAAGAGAGACAUUUUCAGCAGAGUUCAGCUCCCAGCCACUAAGAUCACAGGAUGCAUUCUAUCUGGGCUUCAGCAAAGGCUUUGAUACAUUAUCCAUGGCAUUCUCCUGGAAAAGCUGACAGCUCGUGGCUUGGGCGGAUGAAGUCUUUGCUUGGAUUAAAACAUGGCUGUAUGGUCAGGCCCAGAGAGUGGUGGUUAAUGGAGUUAACUGCAGUUGGCAGACAGUCACCAGUGGUGUUGCCCAGGGGUCGGCGCUGGGCCCAGCCCUGUUUAAUAUCUUUAUUAGCCAUCUGGAUGAGGGGAUGGAGAGCCCCCUCAGUCACUUAACAGAUAACCCCAAUCUGGGUGGGAGUGUUGAUCUGCUGGAGGGCAGGAAGGCUCUGCAGAGGGAUCUGGACAGGCUGGAUCAUGGGCCGAGCCCAGUGGUGUGAGGCUCAACAAGGCCCAGUGCUGGGCCCUGCCCUUGGGUCACAGCAACCCCAGGCAGUGCCACAGGCUGGGGCAGAGUGGCUGCAAAGCUGCCACAGGAAAAGGCCCUGGGGGUGCUGGUGACAGCAGCUGAGCGUGAGCCAGCAGUGCCCAGGUGGCCAAGAAGGCCAAUGGCAUCCUGGCCUGUGCCAGCAAUGGUGUGGCCAGCAGGAGCAGGGCAGGGAUUGACCUCCUGUACUCAGCACUGGUGAGGCCACACCUCAAAUCCUGUGUCCAAUUUUGGGCCUUUCACUCCAAGAAAGACAUUGAGGUGCUGGAGCAUGUCCAGAGAAGGGCUACAAGUCAGAUAUCCCUGCAGGUGUUCAAAAAAUGAUCAGAUGUAGGACUUAGUCUAGUUGACCAGGUGGUGAUUGUUUAAACAUUGGAGUUCAUGAUAUUAAGAGGUCUUUUCUUACCUAAAUGCUUCUGUGAUUGUGUGAUUCUGCAACUGCAAAAACUAUGUUUAUUGGAAGCAUGCAGUCCAGAGUUUCCUUACUGACCUUGUAAGAGAAUGUGCCAGAAGUGUCCUUAGGAAAGGAAAUCACUGCAGAAAGUUGUGCGUUGUCUAAAUGGUUACUCCAAACUCCGUCAACCACACUCCCCACUUCAAUUUGCCCACUUCUACAGGUGCAGUUAUCACUGGAGCCGAAGUACUGGACAACUACAUACAGCUGGGAAAUAGUCCCAAAAUGGCAAUACUAUUUGCAAGUAAUUCAUAAUGCGAACUCUUUUUAAUCACAUUUUACUAGAAAGCAGAGUAUUUCUUCACAAUGGG